CUGAUACUCAGGGCCCCCGAUUCGAUACUUCGUGUCCAUGAUUGAUUAUCAUUCAAUCUGGGUCUCCUUUCUGUCGUCGUUUCUACGACACUUGGGAGCGCAAUUCGAUCCACUUGAAGACUACACUCUUCCCGACGAGGUCGUCGACUCGCUGUCCGUACACGCACAACAUACACCGACCCGAUCAGCGCAGCAGCAACCGAGGUCGUCCAACAACUCGCUUCUUGGCUUUCUGUUAUAUGGUCAACAAGCCCUUCCGCAGUUUUUCAUUUUUGUCUUCGUUCUUGCGACAUUUUGGAGUGCAAUUCGAUCCCGCCGAAGAUUAUUCUCUACCUGACAAGGUUCUAAAGUCGUCGUCGCCCUUGGUACCAUCAUCAUCGAGGAUGGCGUCAACAGGCAAGUACAAGUAUACCGACAUCAUCUUUGAGAUCAAAGGCAAGGUUGGGAUAAUCAAGUUGAAUCGACCAAAAUCACUCAAUGCUUUCGGAGGCAGGUUGUUAAUCGAUGUGAUCUCUGCGCUUAGAGAGUUAAAUGAACAUCCGGAGACCGUGUUUACUGUCAUUACGGGCGAAGGAAGAUUCUUUUCAUCUGGGGCUGAUGUUAAAGCCACUAUCUCACGGAAGGACCCCGAAUACGCCAAUCCAGCAGAGAAGAAAGUCGCAACAGUUGCCGGCUUCGCGAAUGCACUCGAACUCGUCCGCUCCAUGGUAGAUCACAAAAAGGUCCUCGUAUUAGCACUCAACGGACCCGCUGUCGGUGGUGGGGCGGCUUGGUUCGAAGGACAGGCCGACAUUGUUCUCGCCGCCGAGGGAGCGUACCUACAAGUCCCGUUCAGUGCUUUGGGGUUGGUCCCUGAGUUCGGCUCGGCCACCGCAUUCGCACAUUCUAUGGGCGUCCAUCGGGCGAAUGAUUUCCUCAUGUUCGGACGCAAGUUGACCGUCGAGGAACUGGAGAAGUACGGGAUGGUCAAUCGCAUCUUGCCCAAGGAAAACUUCCACCAAAAAGUGCUCGAGUUCCUAGAGGGUCAAUUGGAAGUAAAUGACGGGAAGAGUAUGAUGGAAAUGAAACGGUUGCAGAACAUACCUUUGCGAAGGGAUCGAUUGAUGGCUCUUUAUGAUGCGCUUGAUGCCUUGGCUGAACGGAUCACCGAGAACGCGCAUAAGAAGAGAUUUGCUGAGAAGAAUGCAGAAUUGAAUGCCAAGUCGAAAGGAAAACCAAAAUUGUAAUUCGGCGUGUGAAGGAUGCAGAAGUUUACUGCGAUUGCUCGUUCGCUUCGGAGAUAUCGGUAGGUAUACUUCGGUCUCAAGUUUACGGGAGAAGAGGUUCUGAAACAUCCAGAGUACUGGAUAUUGCGGAUGUUGAUCUGAUCCUUACAAUCAUAUAGCUCCGAUCAUUGUUCAAGCAUUGUUCAAGCUUUCGGGAUAGACAAUAACGCAAAGCUUGUCACAUCCGUCGCUGUCCUUGUCGAAUCACGCAAUGUUACGCUUGUUCUCUAGGAUGAGAAUUGGAUCAAAAAACAGGGAUGUUGUUGAGCCCUCG